AUGACGGCGAAGACCCGCCACGACUCCUCUUUCUCCUUCUCCAGGCGCUACUUCAACUGGAAGAGGCAUUCCGUCGAACACCUUGCAGACAACACCGACCACGAAGAAAUCCUUGCUACCCACCACUCCUUAUCUCACCACUACUCUUCCGACGACGACGUCCACCCUUCAAUUCAAGACCCACAACAACAGCUGAAGAAAAAGCACAAUCUUUCCAGCAAGCUACGGUCGGCGCUCACGGUUUUCAGCAGGGGAGGAGGAAGUAACAGUUGCGAUCGGAGCUCGAGGCUGGGAACCAAAGUAGUCGGAACCCUUUUCGGCUACAGGCGGGGCCACGUCCACUUCGCUUUCCAGGAGGACCCGAAGCAGAGGCCGGCGUUCCUGAUCGAGAUGGCGACGCCGACGAGCGUGCUGGUGAGGGAGAUGGCUUCUGGGCUUGUGAGGAUUGCGCUGGAGUGCAAGAAUAAGAAGAAGCAAGGGAUUAAGCUGCUGGAAGAAGGGGUGUGGAGGAGUUACUGCAAUGGGAAGAAGUGCGGGUACGCGUUAAGAAGGGAGUGUGGGGAGGAGGAGUGGAAGGUGCUGCAGGCGGUGGCGCCGAUCACGAUGGGCGCCGGAGUUCUGCCGGCGGCGGCGGCGGAGGUGGUGGAAAAGGAAGAGGCUGGUGGAGGGGAAGGGGAGCUGAUGUACAUGAGGGCGAGGUUUGAGAGAGUGGUGGGUUCGAAGGAUUCGGAAGCGUUCUACAUGAUGAAUCCUGAGGAUGGUUCCGGUGGCCCUGAGCUCAGUCUCUACUUGCUUAGGUCUUAG